AUGAAGUACCAGCGUCUUCUUUCCCUCGGUGCCGUCCUCUUCGGCGCCACCGCUACUGUCUCUGCCAAGCACUUGGGCGGCCGUCAUGAGCACAACCAGUGCCCCAAGGGCUACACCGUGUCCGUCUAUACUAGCUAUAGCACUGUGUAUCUGACUUCCACCUACGCGGCUGCUCCGGAAGUCACCUCUACUUCCUCUCCUGUGGCCGUUAUGGAGACUCCUGCUCCUGUCGAGACCACUACUGCCGUUGGCGACGAAGCCGCUUCGACCUCUUCUUCAACUACCUCUUCCACUCCCGUGCCAACUAGCGAGGCUCCAGUCGCCAUGACCACGCAGAGUACUGUCGCAGUCGUCGCAGAACUGUCCACCGAGAACGCCGUUGCUGCGGUUGCUACUUCUUCUACCACCAGCCAGGAGACUACUUCGUCUGCCUCCUCUACUUCCACCACCGAAGCUGCUGCUACUGCCACCUCUUCUACUUCUUCUGCUAGCACUUCCACCAAGUCUUCUACUUCUUCAUCCUCGGGCUCCACCUCCGGAGAGGCUACCUUCUAUGGUGGCAACGUCGCUGGUGGAACCUGCUCUUACUCCGGCUACACUCUGCCCAGCGGCCUUUUCGGCACUGCCUUCUCUGGCGCUGCCUGGGACAAUGCUGCCGAGUGCGGUGCCUGCGUUGCAGUUACUGGACCUAAUGGUAACACCAUUAAGGCUAUGAUCGUCGACCAAUGCCCCGAGUGCGCCGCCAGCCACCUCGACCUCUUCCAAGACGCCUUCGCCGAGCUCUCCGAUAUCUCUGCGGGCGUGAUCGAUAUCACCUGGGAGUACACCGCCUGCGACCUCUCCGGCCCCCUGAAGCUGAAGAACAAGGAGGGUACUUCCCAGUACUGGUUCUCCAUGCAGGUUGUCAAUGCCAACGAGCCCGUCACCAAGCUCGAGGUGAGCACCGACGGCGGUAGCACUUGGCAGAGCACCACCCGCACUUCUUACAACUACUUUGAGCAGUCUUCUGGAUUCGGUGUUGACACUGUUGAUGUUCGUGUUACUGGCCAGUCAGGAACUACCGUUGUUGUGAACAGUGUUGGAUGUUCUUCUGGUUCGGAGAUUACUGCUUCUUCGAACCUGUGA